UAGACAUUUCUAACCUUUAUUUUCCUGCUAUUUCACGAAACAUCUUCCCCAUUCCUUCCAUAAUAGCAGCACAAGCCAGAAAAAAGAACAAGAAUCUCCUAUACGAGGAAAAGCACGAUCUCUUAUUUUUCCCUUAUCAUACCAAAUAAACUUAUUUGUUGUGAUUGCUGCUUGUUAUUGGUGUACCGCUUGAACCUGAUGCUUUCACGGACUCAGUCCCCUACUUUGUUGCAGAGAUUCAUUUCAUCCACUCGACCAGGAUAUUGAUACCGUCUUUUUAUAUACAUAUUUGACCGGAAGUUUACUAUAUCAACUCGGUUAUUAUUCUGGUGAAUUUUCUGUUGCUUCUUCUUUAAGAUUGCUUUAAUCGAGACUUGGUUUGCUCUCACCGCCUUUUUAGUCUCAGACUGAAUUCGACUUAGUGCACUCCUAUGGCUUCUCUCGCUCCAGCUUCUCAAUUUAAAUCCCGUUUUAGCGAGCUCCGUAUCAGAGCAUCUCGUCAAUAUCCUUCCAUUGUACCCAGUUUCAUCGGCAAUCCAAAAUUUGGCACCUUUUUCUUGUCCAAAAGGUUAUCUUUGCAAAUUCGGGCUCCAAAUGGGACUUCGAAGGUGCCCAGGAAGGCUGUUGUUUCUGCAACAACGGCUGAGAAACCCAAGAAACGUUAUCCGGGUGAGUCGAAGGGGUUUGUGGAGGAGAUGAGGUUUGUGGCCAUGAAGUUGCAUACCAAAGAGCAGGCGAAGGAGGGUGAGAAGGAAGUCAAGGAACCCGAGGAACAACGCGUGACCAAGUGGGAACUCACAAUUGAUGGAUAUUUGCGGUUUCUAGUGGAUAGCAAAUUGGUUUAUGAUACGCUGGAGAAGAUAAUUGAAGAUGCUGCUUAUCCUUAUUAUGCUGAAUUCAGAAAUACAGGAUUGGAAAGGUCUGCUAGUUUAGAAAAGGAUUUGCAGUGGUUCCGUGAACAAGGGCAUACCAUUCCUGAACCUUCCACCCCUGGUCUAACCUAUGCACAGUAUCUUAAGGAGUUAUCAGAGAAUGAUCCCCAGGCCUUCAUUUGUCACUUUUACAACAUCUACUUUGCCCAUACAGCAGGUGGUCGAAUGAUUGGUAGGAAGGUGGCUGAGAAGAUACUCAACAACAAGGAAUUGGAGUUCUAUAAAUGGGAUGGUGAUCUUUCCCAGCUACUGCAGAAUGUGAGAGACAAGUUGAAUAAAGUUGCUGAAGGAUGGACUCGGGAGGAGAAGAAUCAUUGCCUGGAAGAAACAGAGAAGUCAUUCAAAUUCUCGGGGGAGAUUCUGCGUUUAAUAUUAUCAUGAUGUAAUUAUUGCUCAGUCAUUAUCCACUUAAUCAUGUUUAACCAAUGGCGUAAGCCAACAACAGUGUGAAAUGUAUGAUCAUUCCGUCUUCAAUUCCACAUUUCCAUGUUAUCAACUCGUAA